GAUGCAUGGUGCCAAGCCUUGCACGAAAGUUUCUGCUUUCGAGAGCCAUGAUAACUAUAGUUAUCAUGUGAAACAAAACCUCGAAAGAGCAGAGACUAGUCUUAUCUGUUUGCAGCAACCCACAGUAUUGGUUUGGGCAAGUGCUUCCGAAUGCAUGAUGCUCGCAUCAUGGCAAAGAUGUCCACUGUUGGGCACCUCGAAGUAGACGGCGUCAUUACCCACCUUCCACCUUUCCUUCCUACACGGAUGUGGUAUCCGAGGCGGUGAAGAUAGAGUGUCCUGGCUGUCUAUAUAAGAGGCCAGCCCGGUGCAUUUCGAAGCAAGAUCUGCAGCUUCCUCUGCCUGCAGACACAAUACACAUCAUUCUACCUCGUCCUUAGUCAUUCCGAAAAGGUCCAAUAUCACCCGCACAAGUGCUGUUUUCAAAAUCAUGGCGAACGUCGCUGAUCUUGCCCGCGAUGGCCCCUACGGCGGUCAAGGAGGCAGCGCCUACGACGGCACUCACAACGAACAAAGAGUCCGGCACAUCGACGCGUGGAGUACCCAGUACCAGAACUACGACGUGCUGGGUGCGAUCCAGUUCGGUUUCGAGGACGGGACGUCGAGCGGACGCAUCGGCGGGCGCGACCCGAACCUUCCCUACUAUCCAAAGUCGUUUGAUUUCGCCGACGACGAGAACAUCGACCGCAUGACCGUCUUUGCCGGCAACGGCGAGGGCUUCUGCAACGGCUUCACCUUCCACACCACCCACGGACGCACUUGGAAUGUGGGGGGCACCGAGGGCCUGCCCAGCGAGGUGCCCGAUCUGGGGCGCCAGGGCGAGUGGGCGGGCGCCACCGGCCGUGACGGGCAGCAUGGCGCAGAUGCUGUCAUCGAUAGUAUGAUCUUGUAUUUUAAGCAGUGAACCGACAGACCUUGUGUUGUCUUUAGGAACAUUGAUUUCGUAGUGCAACUUCAAAAAUACAAUUGAUCACGAGGAGAAAAACAGACCUCACUCGCCUCUUCUUUUCUUCCCUCAGAUGGCACUAAUAUCCUUGCGCAUGUAAACCGAGAUGCUUUAUUUCGAGUGGAUUCAUCCCCUCACCUAUUGGUAUCAUCUAUAAGAGAAGUAUUCAAGUUCGGAAAGGCCGAUCAAAAGAACAACAACAACCCAGCACUUGAUCGGUCUGCAACAAUUGCGUGCUAUAGCACAUGAAUCCUACUGGACUCCAGACUCGUAGGUAAUGGACGACUAAAAGGAGAGGUAGGGAUUGUACGAACUAAACCAC